AUGGUUCUCUCUCAGCCCGAAAACAAGCAUGUUAUGAAAGCCUUCGAUCUGACCGGCAAGGUCGCAGCUGUAACAGGAGGGGCUCGCGGUAUCGGUCUUGAGGUCUCCAGAGGGCUUGCAGAAGCUGGUGCGAGUGUUGCAAUCAUCUACAGCUCGUCCAGGAAUGCCGACACCAUUGCAGCCGAAAUUGCAGCUGCCAACAACGUCAAGACAGCUGCAUACAAGGCAGACGUCAGCAACCAGCAAGAGAUUGAGAGCACAAUUCAGCAGAUAGCAAAGGACUUUGGAAAGCUGGACAUAAUCGUUGCGAAUUCCGGAAUCGCAAGCACGCAUCCUGCUGAAGACUACACCGUGGAGGAGUGGAGAGAAAUCCUGAAAGUGAAUCUAGAUGGAGCUUUCUACACAGCGCAGGCGGCGGCAAGGAUCUUCAAGACGCAAGGGUAUGGAAACAUCAUCUUCACAGCUUCCGUCAGUGCAAGGCUGGUGAAUGUUCCCCAGAAACAAGUUGCGUACAAUGCCUCGAAAGCUGGUCUUGUCCAGCUGGCGAAGUGCUUGGCAGUAGAAUGGGUCGACUUUUGUCGCGUCAAUUGCAUUUCGCCUGGUUUUAUUGCAACAGAAAUCUUGGAUAUCCAUCCCAAGGAGUGGAGAGAAAAGUGGCUCGACAUGGUUCCCGCGCGUCGGAUGGCUGCUACUUACGAGCUAAAGGGGGCGUAUGUGUUCUGUGCUUCUGACGCGUCAAGCUACAUGACCGGCGCCGAUAUAGUCAUUGAUGGUGGAUAUACGCUUCCGUAA